AUGGAAACCAAGCUGGCGCCUAAGAGAUACCAGCGCAUCGCGCAGGACCUCGAGAAGCUUCCAUGCGAGCUUCACGGUGAUAUACUAGACGAACUGGAAUACUCGCAACUAAUUCGCCUUUCUUCUUGCGCCGGGCCACGUCUUACUUGGUCCCUCAAAAACAGCCGAUCGCUCUGGGGUAAAUACUUCCGCGGCGAAGACAUGAGUAAAUGGCAGACACUACUCUCCAUUACAGACCGCGUAAAGUUCGCAUGUUUCAAGAAACCGGAAUCCAAGGAAGAUCUACCAGACGUCUUCAAAGACAAAGGCCGCCUUUACUUUCUGACCUAUCGCAAUUCAGACUGGAAGCAUGAAUUGGAUAAGAACUGGACUCGUUUCAGACAGGAACGAGGGGAGUUGGGAACAAGAUGGCUCUCAGAGUUAAACGCGAUCAUCCUCACUGGGACUUGGACAACGUUCCACAAAGACUACUCCCGAAUCGUCGUACCGAUUCUCCCAAAAUUGCCGGUGCAAGCUUCAGCAAUCUUCUCUAGGAUUCCCGAAUUAGGUGAGAGGGAUUACAAAUACCAGCACCAUGCAGACGGGGCUGUAUUCUCCGCCGACAAACUAGCAGCUUUCGUCGACAUGUAUCAACAAGUCCGUCUAGUCAGAGCAGAAACGCUAGCAGCGGAACUCUACCGACUGGCGGAUAUCUACGAGGCUCAUCCCGCCCGUCUAAAGCAGCCGUUUGAUUCCCGAACCCAGGCUCCCGACGAGUUCAAUGCGGAGCAUAUUCCCACUCAAAUGCGGCGCGAGGCACAAAGGAUGGUUAAACGGGCGAAGACCGCUCGCUGGAACAGCAGGGAUGUGAAACCCUUCCGCUUCAAGUAUCCUCCUCUUGUGCCGUAUGAGAGCCAAAUACAACACUUUUAUGAUGGUCUUGACGGGGCGCCAUCCGCGCCGGUGGAGAUUGUGGAAAAGUGCCAAGCGAUUAUGGAGAACGCACCGGAUUGGGCGCGGGAGGAUGCAGCAGAAGAGGUGGAUGGGGUUACGGACCUAUGCAAGGCAUUGGAGAAUCAGCACACAAGCGAGCGUAGGCUCACUCCGAAACUCUGCAUACGUGCCUCACGGUUUCAAUCAGCAGGCUUGCCCGUCCUUCCGCGCGGCGACGCGGAGUUGGAUUGGCUAGAAGAUUUCGCAGAGGCGACGGCAUGGUUGGAGGAAAGGUCUCGCCACGGUCUCGAAAACUUUGGUUGA